AAAGCGGUUAAGGAUCCGGAUCUGCUGAGGGUUAUUGCGGCGAAUCCAAGGAGGUAUAGGGGGAGGGCGAGGGUGGGGACUAUGAGAGAGCUUUUGAGGGUGACGGAGAUGGUGCAGAGAAGGCUUGGAGAUGUGAGAAUUCCAUUUCUGGCGGUGCAUGGAACUGACGAUGGACUCGCGACGCCGGAGGGGACGAAGAUGUUGUAUGAGAAGGCGAGCAGUGAAGAUAAGGAUAUGGUGCUUUAUGAGGGGAUGUAUCAUUCAUUGAUACAGGGGGAGCCGGAGGAGAAUAGUGGAAGAGUGCUCGGGGAUAUGAAGAGAUGGAUUGAUGAGAGAGCCCGGCGGUACGGUGGCGGCGCCGCCCCUGUAGUCCCCAGCGUCGGUGAGACGGAAUAGGGUCGCAUUCAUAUUUUAUUUCUUUUAUCAUUGUUCAAGUUGGAACUGUUGACGAUUAUAUUUUGAAUAUCAUUCAAUAUCCGAAAA